AUGAACUUCUUUCACGUUAAUCCUGCCAAUCCUCGAGACGAUUUCAUGCUCCUUUCACCACUUGAUCCAGAUCAUGGAUUGAGUAUCUACCAAUGUUACGACAAGAAACGGAAAUUCUACUUCUGUCCAAAAUGUGGAGUGCGAUGCUUUACAUUUACUGGAGUGGGCGGGACAGAUUUCGUGGAAUUUGCAGAGCUAGCUGAAGACCAAGAAGGAAAGAGAGAGGUUUGGCGAGCGAAGUGGGAUGGAGAUGAUGAUACGAGGCCGUAUGUUUCAGUUAAUGGGACUACGAUUGACUUUAGAGAGGAUUUCGACUUAAGUGUUCUCACUGAGGAGAGGAGAGUGCAGUAUCUUGAUGAUCGGAGUGAGCCCGAGGAGAAGAAGCAGGAGGCAAGAUGGGAUAGACCACAUUAUGGUGGAAGUUAUUGA